AUGGCCAAGGCACAGGCAGAGAUCGUACUCUGGGUGGAGGAGGAUCAACUGAAACUUUUGGAAGAGGAGAAGGACCCUCGUGAGUGCUGGCUCAAGUUACAUGACAUCCACAGGGCAAAGGGGUUCACCAUGGAGUUGGCCAAGUGGUGGGCAUUCUAUUAUGCAUGGAUGCAAGAGAGCGAGUCAGGUCAGAGAUGGAUCACUAGGGUGAAGGGUCUGGUGAGGGCACUGAAGGAGGUCGAUGUUGAGGUCAAAGAAAUCCAGAAAUUGUUGGUCUUGGUCAUGGGACUGACAGACAAGUAUGGGUGGGUGGUGUCUCAGGUCGACAAUAUGGACAUCAAGGAGUGGACCUUCGACCAGAUCAGUGUGAAGAUCCUGAAUGAGGAGACAAGGCAUGGUGGACCAGAUGGUGCAGAUGAGCUGGAGAUGCUCAAGGCUGACUUCUUGCAAGUGCAAAAGCUCAGGGAUCUAUCAGGCUAUGAGUGGGAUGAUGAGAAGAUAGUUAUGGUGACAGAGGAGCCUGUUAUAGAGGUGUACAUCCAGGCACACCCUAAAGUAGCCCAGUGGCUCAUCACCCACCCCUUUCCUCUCUGUUAUGAGAUUCUGGAGCUCAUGGAGGGCAAGGUCAUGACUGAAAAGGGAGCCUUCCAUGUUGGAUAA